UGCCGAAAGAGCGCCUGGAUUGAAUUUGAAAAGGAGACUCGCACCCAACAGCAGAUUACAAAUCACUUUCUGCUCCUGAGACCGCACCCUUGAGACAGCUGGCAGUUAUGAGUUUUGCGCCGAGCCCGUGCGUACCCGCAGGUGUGCGCAGUGUUCAGGAGCAGAGGGAGCGCUGGGAACGAAAGAAGGAGAGGACGGGACGAGAACUGGUCCACAGUGAACAAAGAUACUGCCAGAAGCUGGACCUGAUUACCACGUAUUUUGUGGAGAUUCUGAAGGCCAAAGGAACCCUGAGGCAAGACAUUAGAGAGAGAAUCUUCAGUUCAAUGAAAUCAAUUCAUUUAGUAAACCAGUCCCUGCUGGCUCAUCUAGAGGAGAGGAACUUCGGUCUCGGCUUUGAGCAGUUCUGCCCUCACCUUCAUCUCUACACUACCUACGUCGACAACUUUCAAUCAGCAAAGAAGGUUCUCAAGGCGCAGCUGAAGAAAAACAAAGCGUUCAGAAGAUUUAAGAAACUUCAGGAGUCCAGACCCGAGUUCCACCAGCUGAAACUUGAGGACCUGCUUCCUCUUCCGCUAGAGCGCAUUCAGCAAUACACACACUUGUUAAAGGACCUGACAGAGAACACCAGCCCAGAAAACCCAGAGUUCCAGCAGCUUUCAAGGGCGGUGAGCACGGUCUCAGAGGUGGCCCAGCGCAUCCAGGACAAUGCCCGCAGCCAUGAGAACCACCUGCAGCUGCAGAGAGUCCAGAAACUGCUCAAGGGCCGAAAGACCAGGCUGCUGGUUCCAGAUCGGUGGUAUAUUCGAGAAGGCUGGCUGAGGACAGUGCCCCCUAAAGGCAAGGAGACCAAGCCCAAGAUGUUCUUCCUCUUCUCAGAUAUCCUGGUCCAAGCCAAACGCUGCAGUUCCAUGCACCCUACAAACGGGAGCAAGUUUGCCUGUCAGAGAGUGUACCCUCUUAAGGAGUGCACCGCGGACAAAGUGUUCGGCCACACCAAGAGCCAGGGAGGCCUCAUCAGUUUGACCUUUGCCAGAGCCAAGCUCCUACUUAUGUCCAGCGAUCAAGAGGACAUUAACGAUUGGUACCGCAGUAUCUGCCUGGCCAUCGGGAAGUUAAAAACUAAUAGCACAAGGAUACACAGGAGAGACGAACUCCUCCGACCACCACUCCGCACUGCAACAGACAGCCAGCAGUGUACACCGGCCAACAGCAGGAAGAGAGCAAUGGGGAGUGAAGUGGAAACUGAAACUGGAGAGAGCAGCAGCUCCAGACCCGCAGCGACCCAGAGCGCAAGCAGUGCUAAUAAAAAGAUCAAACUCUCCGAGGCUCCAACAGCGCGAUUGGAGGAGUCGUCAGGAUCAAGCUGCAUCAUUCUCUGAGUGACCUGGAUGCUGUUUAAGCGUUUAGUACAAGAGAAUCGAGACUGAAACUGAGGGUGUUGCGAGAGCCACGUAUUAUAGAGCUUUUAUUCUUUUAA